ACUUGCAUGUGGUAAAAAAAAUAAAAAAAUAAACAUUAUAAAGCACAUAAAAAAGUAUAUAUUUCUAAUCUGGAAAUAGUUUCCAAUCAUGUCCUCCAAUGGAACAUGAUAGGAUGGACAGUCAUAAUUGUGGCCCUAUAUGGGAAGCAAGCUUGCAUACGGUGGAAUUAUAUUGCAAAACAACAAAGAACGAUAGCUGUCGGAGGAGGCUUCUCGUCCUCUGCCAUUGAUGAAUACCAAAUACCAAAGAGGCGUGCCCGCUUGUGUGUUAUUCUGCGUGGGUGCGUGCGCGCCCCCUACUGUGUUUUCGGGACAAGCUUGAAACGGUCAAGUCGCAAAUUUGAUUUUACAAUGUAAAUAGAAAGUAGGAGAAUCAUUCGCGAAGUCGUAAAUAUCUAUUUAAAAUUACCUUAGACUGGGUACAUCAGUUAUUUACUGAACCAGCUAAUUGUGCAUUUGCUGAAACAGUCAUAUCGGUGUUUUUAGGAAUUACAAGGGAUUUAAAACAGAAUAACUAUGUAUCGGUCUCUGUAUGCUUUCCGAUCCGCGGAGCCCAACUCGCUCCACUUCGGGGCCGGGGAGGGCUUUCUGAUCCUGGAACGCAGCAACAAACACUGGUGGCUCGGGUCGCGCUGCAGUUCGGGCGAAACCGGCUACGUUCCCGCUUCUUACAUCGAAAGGAUUCAGGCUCCGGAGCAGGAUGAAGUGUUACAGUCUAUCGACAGGGCCAUCGAAGGGAUCCAUAACGUGGCCAUGAAGAACGGGGGCAAAUACAACCUGGAGCAGCGAGACGUGCUACAGAAGUUGAUCCAUCACAGGAAGGAGACCCUGUCAAGGCGAAGUCCAACUCCAUCCAGUCACAAGCAGGGCCUGCCCUCAUCUACCAGCGAACUGUCCCUCAGCCACACCGCUCAACCACCCAAUGGUGUCAGCCGCACCCUGUCAGAGAGUACCGACAAUGUUCAAGGACUUUACCAGGUGCCUCCUCAGCCCCGCCGUGCAGCACCCAUAACCCCUCCCCCUCCUGAGAAACAAAGAGCCAGCCGACGCCCAGCAGAAUUUUCCAUUCCUCCUCCUCCUGGCCCUACCCCUCCUGCCGGGACUGGCCUGUCCCCCUCGGUCAGCUCCGCCUCCCUGGACUCUGUCUCCUCCCACUCGGUGGUGUCCUCUGAUGUCAGCCUGACAAGCGUUGCCAGCACCCCGCCCCCAGUGCCAAGCCGUGUGAAGCCCCCACCCCAUCCUCCAGACGACCUGCUCCCCUCUACCCCCUCUCCCCAGCCAGUUCCCUCAAAGAAGGGCCAUGCCCCCCAACCUCCACCACCACAGCCCACUCCACCACCACAGCCCACUCCACCACCACAGCCCAGCACCGAGGACCAAACAGAAACCGACUGGCCUCUUGCCCCGCCCUCUGUCGCUGAAAGCACCCCCGGAAGCCCCUCUCACUCAGAGCCUGUUCCCGGGACAACAGGGGCGGAGCUUAUUGAGCUGGUUCGGAGCAACACGGGCCUGAGUUACGAGCUGUCUCGGGUGGCGGUGGGUGUGGUCGUGGGUCACCUGCAGACCACCCUUCCUCAAGCCUCCUCUGCCUUAGAGAAGGUCCUCCUCUCAUUGGUAGAGAGCAAGGAUCAGAGAUCUGCGUUGCCACAGGGACAAGUGUGUCACGAUGAACAGCGCCUGGAGGUCAUCUUAGGCGACCUUGCCCGUCACGUUGACGAUUCUCAGCAGCGCAGCUGGGCUCUUUACGAAGACCACUCCCUCAUUGCAUGUUACCUGGAGGAGCUGCUGAAGAUACUGACGGAUGCAGAUCCAGUGGUGUGUAAGAGGAUGUGCAGGGUCAACCACUCUGAGCCAGUGCUGUCACUAGUGUCCUACUAUCAGAUGGAGCACCGAGUGUCUCUACGCCUGCUGUUGCUCAAGGUGUUUGGGGCGAUGUGUAGCCUGGACUCUGCCCUCAUCUCCACCCUCCUCAACUCCAUCCUGCCCAUGGAGCUGGCCAGAGACCUGCAGACUGACACACAGGAGCAUCAGAAGAUGUGCUACACAGCCUUGGUCCUGACUAUGAUAUUCUCUAUGGGGGAGCAGGUGCCAUAUCACCACUAUGAGCACUUAAACGCUAGCUUUGUUCAGUUCCUGCUAGAUGUGGUAGAGGAGGGUCUUCCCUCUGACCCCACGGAACAGCUCCCUGACCUCUGCGUCAACCUCAUCCUGGCCUUCAACCUGCACCUCACAGUGCCCAGCAGCAACGUGAUAAUGCAGACUUUGAUCAAGAAAAACGUGAAGCUCUUUUCUGAGAAAAUAGUGCUGCUCCUAAACCGAGGAGAUGACCCUGUGUGUGUCUUUAAACAUGCUCCCCCUGCCCCACACUCAGUUCUUAAGUUCCUGCAGGAUGUCUUCGCCAGCAGAGACUCUGCUAACAUCUUCUACCGCGCGGACAUGAUGGUGAUGAUAGAUAUCGCUGUUCGAUGCAUCUCUGACCUCUCACCUGGGGAAAAGUUGAGAAUGGAGUACCUCGCGCUCAUGCACUCCGUCAUGCGCUCCACAGACUACCUGGAGCACCGGCACCGCCUCUCCGACCUGCAGGGCGCGCUGCAAAGGAUUCUAAGAGAGGACGACUCGGGAGCGGACGAGGGCGGGGCCACGGCCAAACAGAUGGAUAAGCUAAUAGUGCAGGAGAUCUACAAGGAAUUCCCUCAGAUCAGAGACACCUAGGACGACUGAAUAUGACAGCGGUGCUGUGCACUCAUGAGGCGGUAGUCUGUCUCCUUUAUUCCCGAAAGAUGGUACUGUGGCGCUUCCUAGGGUUGACGAAGGACUGUAGUCAGCUACUUAGUUUCUGAGUGUUACAACCCUCCGUCACACUUUUUACAAUUAUGACAUAAGAGAUGGCAUGAGCACCAGCUGUCACAGCGGUUUAUUGCGUCCGUCGUGUCAUGAUUAUGAUAAUGCUAUGUAGCUCUUAUGACGGAGGAUUCAAGUGAAGUGUUACCCAACAGAAUACUGCAUUGUGCUUUAAAUGUGCUCCCUUGUACUGAGGGACCAAACUGCGGUGUGAACGGAGGGUCUUGUAACCCUGGGACUGGUGUGCUGUAUAUGUCUUCUUACUUUCAGUCUAUUCAUGUGUCUUGAUCACUCACUCUUAUUCCUCACCACCUGGCAUGGCCUCACAGUAUGUUACUAAGACAGUUCAAAGAAAAGACAAAUUAGGUGAUUAUACUGAUAACAAAACAUUCUAGUCCAGUUUGCUCGACACAGAUGAAGCCAAGUUCUGCACUGAAAAGCGUGCUCAAUGGAGAAUCUACAUUAACUAGGCUUAAUCUGUGUCCUGGAAACCAGACCUCUGACAAUAAUACAUUCUAGGCUUUGAGGUUAGUUUAGUACUCACUAUUUAUUGCAAUGGCAAUGCUGCUAUAUGAGCCUCAUUUACCUUAAUAUCUAUGGCUGUGAUUCUCUGACUGAGCACAACUUGUUACCUUGCUUUCACCAUUACUUGUGACCUUGCUUUCACCAUUACUUGUGACCUUGCUUUCACCAUUACUUGUGACCUUGCUUUCGCCAUUACUUGUGACCUUGCUUUCGCCAUUACUUGUGACCUUGCUUUCGCCAUUACUUGUGACCUUGCUUUCGCCAUUACUUGUGACCUUGCUUUCGCCAUUACUUGUGACCUUGCUUUCCCCAUUACUUGUGACCUUGCUUUCGCCAUUACUUGUGACCUUGCUUUCUUCCCUACACUUUAUCUACAGUAACCUCCACUCUAGGUAUGGCUAAAAUAUGACAUGCUCUAAAUGUGUCUCAACCAGACCACUCCUACUCUGCUCUGCUGCUUGUGCUGUAGAUGGAACGUAAUGGUACUGUAAUGACAAGCUGUAACACGCUGCUUCUACAUACUAAGCCUUGACUAACUUCCUAUAUACCUAUGGCUCUCUGAAAUGGAAUGUAGUUAUUUAUUCAUAGGAAAUAAUUGAUAAGGAAUUGAUAAGAUUCGAUUGGUCAGUUUUUUGUUGUUGUUUUUUUUAAAUGUAGUCUGGCGUUAACUAAGGGACUUGUCACCAAGAUUGAUUGAUUGCUUUGCCCAGAUCAUUUUGGUCUGAAAUCUAUCAGUUACCACAGUACGGUGUCUCUCCGUCAGAGCUCUUUCUCUCUUUGUGUCAUAGUUUAUAUUUACUUGGCUCUGUUAGAGCUAAUAGGGGAAGUGUUUAUGUGGCAAAAUAGUUGUGGCCAUCAUGAUGCACGUAUACCUUUUAACACACACUUAAAAGGAAGUGUUUACACAUAUAAACAUAUAUACCAGAGUGUGUUUUCUCUGACGUAUGUGUUUUUAUUAUCCAGUGUUAAUGCAUAAAGCUAUGCAUGUGUGUGUCUAUGUACGGUUUGUGUAUAUUUUCGUAACUAUGUAUGGUUUUAUCAUCGUCCCUGUAGGUUUGAGCCUCCAUCGCCCCUUAAGGUACGACUGUGUUAUAGCAAUAAAACCAACUGAACUAUAUUUUCCCAAUUAAAUAUAUCUGAAAUGGUUGUUCAGAGAGGGGUGGACGCAACAAAGUGUAUUUUCUUAAUGUUACCAAUCAACUAAUAAACAUCUCAAUGAACA